AUGCCUAAAAGUCAAAACGAACUAAAAUUGGAGCGAUUAUGCUCUAAACGUGAAACUAUCUUUCGUAGGGCUCAAUUAUGUUACGAUGCCGGGUCGGCCUUAGAAAAAGAUCCAGAAAAUGCCUCAAAAAUGCGUAACUUUGCAGUUAGAUAUAGUACUUUCGAAAAAACUCUAUCAGAAUAUGAGGAAAUUGUUCAAGAUAUCGUUAUAUUAAAACAAGAGAUGGAGCCAGAUGCUGGCGUUGCAUACCAUACGCAUUUAGAUGCAUUUUAUGAUCUCUACUCCAAUAUUGAAUAUUUAGCUUCAUUAUUAAUAAAUAAACCUGCUGUUUUGAGUAAUAAUCCCAAUAGUACUAAUAAUUCUACUAUUAAAAUGCCCAAAUUUGAAUUAGUUAAGUUUGAUGGUGGUUUUAAAUUAACCAAAUGGAUGUCGAACUCGAACGAUCUACUAUCGACAAUCCCCGAACCCCUUCAAUUGGUCAAAACCAAACAAUUUGAUAAGUCAGUCUCCAAAGUGUUAGGAUUGCAAUGGGAAGAAAAAUGUGACAAUUUUAGUUUUGGGUUAGAAAUACCCUCAUCGACCCGUUGUACAAAAAGAAACAUGCUCUCACUUGUUGCUCGUAUGUUUGAUCCCUUGGGAUUCCUAUCUCCUAUAACCCUCUUGCUUAAAAUUUGGAUAAAGAAACUUUGGACUCUAAAGGUAGAUUGGGAUAGUACCGUACCAAAAGAAAUCGAAAUAGCAUGGGAAAAGUUUCAAAAUGAAUUUCAUGUCCUAUACAAAAUACAAAUUCCACGCCAUAUAGCAGUUACACCUAAUUCGUCGUUGUCUUUUGUAGGAUUUUCAGACGCAAGUGCUGCUGGAUACGCAGCCAUUGUUUAUUCCAGGGUUGUUAAUUGUACAGGUCAAGUUAAAGUUACUUUACUGUACUCUCAAUCUAAAGUAUCUCCAAUGUCUAAAAUAACUCUUCCUCGAUUAGAGCUUUGUGGAGCGCUUCUUCUCUCAAAGCUUCUUUCACAUGCUAUUGAAACUUAUUCUCCUAGACAUAAUAUUGAUAAAAUUUUUGCCUUAAGUGAUUCCAUGAUUGUAUUAAAUUGGAUAAAGUCCUCAGAGAAAAAUCUCAAAAUAUUUGUUCAAAAUAGAGUUGUUACAAUUCAUAAGAUGGUUCCGUCAGAGUAUUGGUUUUUUGUUCCUGGAAAGGAAAAUGUUGUUGAUUGCGCCUCUCGAGGUUUGUUUCCUUCUUCGUUAGUCAACCAUUCCACAUGGUUUACUGGUCCAAAUUGGUUACUGUUGGAGCCAGAAUAUUGGCCUAUUCAGUCUGUCAACGGACAGGAAAUUAUGAUUUGUGAUUCUGAAUAUAGAUCACAAACCUUCUUUGAUUUAUGUCUAUUUCAACAUAAUUUCACAAAUCCACACAUGCAGCUAAGUAAUGCAAGACGUAUCACCUUAACGAAGUUCCUUUCGAAGUAA